UUGGAGGAUUUGCAGCUGUUGGUGAAGGCUAUUUCUCUGUUGACAAUGGCUACUUUUUCCGUUGAUGAUGAAGUCUCACUACAGACAAUGGUUAGACAGCUGCUGCAGAGCGUGAAGGAAAAACUGGCCACUGCACCGUCUGCUGAAUGUGCUGAAGAGAUCCUGCUGCACCUUGAGGAGACCGAUGAACAUUUUCACAACUAUGAACUGGUGAAGUACCUGAGGCAUUACAUCAAGAGCUCUCUGGGAUCUGUGAUAGAGGAUGAGACUGAGAGGUGCACCUUUGCACAGAGUCAAGGAGAGGGAUCUGGCUAUGACACGCUUGUACAACGUGUUACCAAGCGGACACGUGAAUCCAAGGAAUACACAGAGAUGAUGCUUUCACUUAAGAAUGUUAUGAUGGCUGUUGUAGAGACGUUGAUCAAUAAAUUUGAAGAGGAUCAAGCUAAAAAUCGAGAAAUGCAGAAAAAGGCACUUCAUGAACACCCCAUUUAUAGAUAUGUUGAUAACUGUUCUGACAGUGAUUCAUCUUUCAAUCAGAGUUAUACAUUUAUGAACCAGGAACAACUGCAGCUUAUUGCUGAACAGUUAGAUCUAAGGCAGCCUGAGGAGGUACGGAAAGAAGCCAUGCAGACUUUAUGCUCUGCUCCUCCUUCUGAUGUUCUGAACUGUGAAUCCUGGAGUGUCCUGCAUAAAAACCUCACUCUGUCGCUGGCGGAUCCCGAUUCCACAUUCACUGAAAGAAUUCUACGUUUUUAUGCUAAAACAUUUUCUUCAUCAUCACUGAAUAUGGCAAGAGAAGUCUAUACAAGUUUAGCCAAACAUUUGGAAUUGUCAUUUGUUUCUAGGGAAAGUCGCAGGCAAAUACUAUUAACUGGAAUAGAUAUUAACAACCCUGAAGUAGUGCGUACUUUGAAAAAGAUUCGACUGUUAAAUGACUACCAAAAGGAGGUUCCAUCUUUCUGGAUUCGACAUCCAGAAAAGUACAUGGAAGAGAUUAUAGAGAGCACAUUAUCCCUAUUAACUAUAACUCAGGAUUCAAGUUCUCAAAUGCUGCUGGAACCAGUCUUUUACUUGUCUGUGAUUGAUGCAAAGGCUGUGUGGUUCAAGAAAUGGAUGCAUGCCCAUUAUAGCAGGACUGUGGUUUUAAGGCUUCUGGAAAAGAAGUACAAAUCGCUGAUUAUUGCAGCUAUUGAACAGUGUUUCUAUUAUUAUGAAUCAUCACAGUCAGGAGUCGAUGAAAACACUAAAACAGCAUCCUCACAGCUGUAUCCUGAGGACCAUUUUGGUCAUUGGUAUUGUUGUGCUGUCUUCCAGAUUAUUGCAGCUAUUGAACAGUGUUUCUAUUAUUAUGAAUCAUCACAGUCAGGAGUCGAUGAAAACACUAAAACAGCAUCCUCACAGCUGUAUCCUGGCACUAAACAGAAGACAUUCUACUCCAGAAAGGAAUUACAUUAUUUAUACUUUGUUCAUUCACUUAGCCUACUCGGAAGAUUGCUGAUAUAUAAACAUGGCAGAAACCUGUUUCCUAUAAAAUUGAAGAACCGAAAAGAAGCAGUGUCACUGUCUGACCUGGUAGUGCUGCUUACCCAUAUUAUGUUAUAUUGCCCAAACCGACAAAAGAAGGCUGCUGGAGCUUACACAGGCAAUUUUUCUCCAGCAAGCUUGGCUGUGGAAGUCCUUAGAAUGCUUUGUGACCGCAAAGAAUGUGCCAGUGAAUGUUUGUACACUGGAGCUGUUAUUGACAGCCUCCUUUCACCAAUACAAAAAUUACUGAAAGGAAAAAAGGUUCAUGUGAACUGUGAUGAAACCACUCUUACAUUUAUUGCUGAUGUUUUAGCAAGAAUUGCUUCUAAUGAAGCAGGCCUUUCGCUUCUGCUCUAUGGUGAAAAGGAGUACACCAAAAACGGUACCCUGGGUGCUCAUGUGAUUGCUCAAUUUUCCAUCAAACUUCUUAAUGAAGAAAUCACAUCCUUAUCUGAAUCAGACAUGCUGCCUGUAGUGAAAGGGUCUUUCAUAUUCAUGUGUCGCCAAAUGUACCAUACAUGCGAAGGACUUCAAGUGCUGGCGCCUUAUCAGUUACAUGAAUGCAUUGCUUCUUCUUGGAAAAAAGAAAAACAUACGGUUUUGAUGUCUGAAAGAACCCCAACGCCUGUUGCUGGAUCUGCUUCUCUUUCAUCUGGGAGCCAGGAUUCACAGGGGACAAUGGUGUGGGAGGAAUCUUUACUGGAUAGUUUGUUAAAUUUUGCUGCUACACCCAGGGGGCUUCUACUUCUUCAACAAACAGGAGCCAUCAAUGAAUGUGUGACUUACAUGUUUGGUCGAUUUACAAAAAAGCUUCAGGUCAGCAGAUGUGAGAAAUUUGGCUACGGAGUUAUGGUGACACAGGUAGCAGGGACAGCUGCAGGUGCAGUAGCCCUGCAGAAAUCAGGCUUUAUCCAGGCAUUUGUCUCUGACUUGUGGUCUGCUCUUGAAUGUGGAAGAGAUGAUGUCAGGGUCACACACCCCAAACCCACCCCUGUGGAUCCCAUAGACAGGAGUAAUAUCAAGUCUUUUCUAGCAAUGGUGAAUUUGUCAUCAUACCCUGCUGUUUAUGAGCUGCUAGGAAAGCAAGUCUUGCCAUCAAAGAGUGAAUACUCCCUCCGUGAAGUUCCCUCUUGCUUUGUUGAUAUAUUUGAUCGGCUUGUUGUUGUGGAUUCAGUUGUCAAAAUUAACUCCUUAUUUAACUAUGAGCAGUCCCACAUUUUUGGAUUAAGAUUACUGAAUGUGUUAUGCUGUAAUCUAGACACCUUGUUACUUCUUGAGUCUCAGUACAAAGUGUGUGAAAUGCUUUUAACUGCUCAGAAAGAAAAUAUUCCCGAUUCCUCACAAGAUUUAGGGAGUGUAAUUAUUGAUGGCCUAUCUGUGGAAAGAAACCAUAUUCUGGUUCGGAUGAAUGCUGUUGGAGGACCACAUGAGCGUAUACUACCUCCCAGAACCUUGCUUCAGAGUAAUGAUCCGUAUCCUUGGCCAAUGUUUUCAUCUUAUCCAAUGCCCAAGUGCUACAUACCAGAGAUUCCUAUACCUGAUGACCCUAAACAAGAAUAUGAGCUGUUGAAAUUUCUUUCUUCUGAAAGCACAGAAACAAAAACAAGUUGGCUAGACACUUGUAAGAGAUUGUUCUGCAAGACGAUCAAAACUAAACCAGGAGUGUUGGGAUCUGGUAAGUUGUAUGGUGACCUGUUGGAAACAUAUGUGUCCCACCAAUGUAGAAUACCUGGCAGCUGUGUUUUUGAUUGCUCAGAAUAUACAAACAUAAAGAGUGGAAGUCUCUCCCCUUCUCAACAGCUUGGUGUUAAUUUGGUUACCAGGUAUGGUACCCAUUUAAAUGCCUUGGGCAUCAGCAGUGAACAAGAUCUUACACAUCUACUUCUGCAAUGUGAGAAUUUCCUUCAACAACAGCAAGCAGUUGUUACCUCUCCCCUGAGGUGUUUGCACGGAGGCUAUUCUGGUCAUGACUGGUUUGCAUCUUCUGUGUUUUUGAUAAUGUCAGGAGACAGUAAAAAAACAUUAACAUUUCUGCAGAAAUUUUCCAGUCUCCUAGUCUCAGCAUAUCUCUGGCUGCCACGGCUUCACAUUUCUAAACACCUGCCAGCUAAAAUAGCACAAGCUGGAAUCCACCCGAUAUAUUUUUGUACUGCUCAUUACAUUGAGAUGUUGAUGAAGGUAGAAAUGCCACUUGUCUUUUCAGCGUUCCGCAUGUCUGGCUUCACUCCCUCCCAGAUCUGUCAGCACUGGCUAAGCCAAUGUUUCUGGAAUUACUUGGACUGGAGUGAGAUAUGUCACUACUUUGCUGUGUGUAUCCUUCUUGGGGUGGAUUAUCAGGUAUACCUGUGUAUAGCAAUAUUCAGGCACCUUCAGCAAGAAAUCCUACAACACACACAAACCCAGGACCUGCAGGUCUUCCUGAAAGAAGAAGCCAUUCAUGGAUUUCAUGUUGGGGAUUAUCUGGAAUAUAUGGAAAGCUUGGAACAGAACUACAGAUCAGAGGUCCUUAAAGAAAUGAGAAACUUUGCACUUGAUUGAAAUAUGAAGACUGUAU